AUGCUGCACACCACCUUCUUGAUUCUCCUGUUGUACGAACAACUCGUUAGCUCCUAUUCGAGCUGCGCAAGUGUGCUGCCAGUCACCCUCCUCUUCGGACAAGUUCAUACGCUUAAAAAGACAGGGGAGGCAGGCUGCAGCACCACCCACACCCCCGGUAUUGCGCAAAAUCCUCUGCGGUCCCUUGUCCUGUCACGCCAAGCAGCCGACGCAUCUCGCUGGAGCACCCAGAUCGCACGUGUCUUUGUCCUUGUGAGUGGCUACAACCUGCCGCACACGGCAUCCACUCCUGGCAGCGUUUGCCCGCCGCAUCGUCCCGCCUGGGCCAAGGUGCCGGUUUUCCCUCUUGACUCGACCGUAACACAAUUGGCGAAUAGAUUUCUAUCUUUGGAACCAACCCGGUCCCCGGUGACCGAAACCUCAGCCCAUUUUCUGACCUGCGGGCGGCUGCGGCUCGCGCGCCGACCGGGUCCCCCGUCCCCGUCCACAAUGGCCUCUCCCCGCGACCCAGCCCGCCUGCGUCAGGGCCUCAACCCGCUGACCACCUCUGCCCUCGGCUCUCUCGCCGGACACCAGCACGGCACGCCUAUAUCUGCCAUCUCCAUGGCCUCGACGCAUCUUCUCUCGGCACACACUCCCGUGAGUGCUCUCCAGCCGUAUAAUCCCCAGGAAUGGGUUCCGCCCGGCGCGACGCCAAUGCCAGAGAGACAGGUUCAAUACGCCGGCGAGGCACAGGCGCCGCCGCCGCCGCCUCCUCCUCCUUAUAGCCCGCCACGGAGUCGACAACAGCGGCCUGUUAGUACGGCCUUUGAGCAUGUACUUGGCCCAAUGUCCACGCCGUCGCCGAGAAUGACCUCGAACUUGGCUCUGCACCAUGCUUCGCCUGAACCUAUAGCCAAUCCCUCAUUCCCGCCUCCGCCCGGCACAGUAGGUCGUGGCGGUUCUCGCGAACGCCGAUUCGGCCUGCCUUCCCUCGGGCGACGAAAAGAGCCAGAACAGCAACAGGCCAGUCCGCCAGAUGCACAUGCUGCUGCUCACGCGCGACGAAGCAUGGGUCCCGCCUCUUUCUACGCCCCUGAACCCCAACGCCCGAUUGCCGGCCCGUCGACAGAAGUAGUGCCUCCAGCAGCACGAAGAGCCGCAUCCACUGGUGCUAUUGACACUCCAACUUCCAGCCGAUCGCGCUCGACAUCGCAGACGAGGUGGGCGCCCGGCAUGCCGCUACCGCCUCCGCCUCCAGGGCCACCGCCGUCGGGAUCUCGGUCACAAAGUGUUCAAAGCGUGGACCGGAGUGUGGUGCCGAUCAUCUCACCGCCAACGCGACGAAGACCACCCAGCGGCGUCACCACUCUAGGUCCAGUUCCGCCCACACCUGCCAACUGGGUUGAUGCUGAUGCUCAACAAGCGCCUGCUCAGUCUGAACCGCAGAGAUCUCCUAGAUUGGCUAUAGACACCGACGUCGCGAGACGCUCUACUCAAGUGGCAGAACCCUUGGGCUCAGCAUCCAGCACGGGCAGUCUUAGCCGAGCUGGAGCUGUCCGCCAUGACAAGACCAUUCUACAGCGUCGAUCAGAGAGCAGACACGCCUCGCACGGCUCUAUAGACGCAGUUGCUCAUUCACAUGGUGUAUCAGAUAUUGUGGUUCCAAAUUCUGCAAACGGGCUCAGCCGCCGUCUGACCAUCACGAAAUCCACUCCACGCAGUGCAGGUCGUCUAGAGCUUCCUCUUUCGGCCGAUUCGAUAACCCUGAACGAUUCAAGAAAUUCCACCCCGCGGGGGCCUGGCUCAGCGCAACUUCCCGGGUUCGAAACAGCUACACCUCCGUUUUCCCCUUAUCAGAAGAAACCUAGCCCUUCGUCCGGCCUCGCGCUGGCGCCAAAAGCGCUACCAACUCCGCCGCUACAUAGGAGAUCUGGCUCGGGUUCUCGGCCAAGAGAAUCGUCUCGACCACCGCCUUCUGCCGGCACCUCUGCCUCGAAGCCAGCAGUAGCAUUGCAGACCGCAGAUCAGUUCGCCGCCAACACGAUUGAGCGUUUCCGAACAUUUGCAGCCCAAGAAAUAGCCGCUGCCUCUGAUGCUGAUCGAGUGCGCUUAUUUGCCGACUUUAUCGUGAACGAAUCGAGAUUGAGACGAGAACGAUAUGCGAGUGCUAUUGGCGAAAUGGGGUCGGAAAUUUUUGACCUGACCAGAGACCUCUUCCGCCCCAUGACGAAUUCUCGGCGCGCCUCUACAACUUCGCAGGACUGGACGCCCAGUUCAGCUGGUCCGAGCCGUUCACAGCUCGAGUCGAGUGGGAUGAGUUCAACAAGUGAUGGCGUGUCGACUUCGGCUCCCACAUCGGCAGGCAUUUCUCAUUCACCGACGGCAAGUGCAGCUGGUAACCAAAAUUACGGUGGUACCAAUUACAUGCCGUCUCUCUCGCCUAUUCUGAGCAUGAGCGUCAGCGAUAACCACGAAAACAGCUCUCGGGGGAGACCGCCAAGUCGCUGGUGGGAGUCGGAUUCGAAUGGAGACCCAGCGCGGGGAUGGGAGAGAUCGAAACGAGAAUCAAAGUAUAUGGGAGUUUCCAAGGACAAAUGGGUUGAAGAAGGCACAGAAUUGACAGGAGCAGGUGAGGGACCAUCUAUUCAAUACCCACCCGAAAAGACGGGAUGGCAUGAUGCAGAUGAGUCCAACUGGACACCAAACCCAGAACGGUUUUCCACCAUUUCGACCGAGUCCACAGCCUCUCCAGCGACAAAGACCGAAGGCCUGGAUGUGUCUCGUCUAGUUACCAUGCCACCACCAUAUCCACGACAUCACCCCGCCGUGAACAAUAACCACCCCGAGCUCACAGAAACAAGAACAGCUGUCCGGGGUCUUAGUGAGCUUGGUGAGAUGGACGCCACAAAAGAAAAAUUCACGCUGGCGAGCUCAAAGCGACGUCAAGAAUAUGCCGAAGCUACAGCCGAUCGCCGGAAGGCUUUGCGGGAGAACCUACAAAAGGAACUUGCAGCUGGCAAUAUCGGAUACGCAGAUGCCGCUGCCAUUGAGUCGGAUUCCGAAGCCCAGGAGAGAGACAAGGCCAAGGAACUGGAGAAGAAGGAAUACGAGCACUUCCAAAAUGAAGUCAUUGUACCGCUGAACGAGCUACUCAGUUUGCGAAUAGCCACGGCAACAGAGCUGUUUGACAAAUUGGCCAGCCAAUUGUUUGGCAGCGGUCAAAACGACGCCGAUAUGCCUCAAGAGGAAGGAGACGAUAGGCCGGAGCUGCUCGAGAAGCUCACGCUUCUCAAGUGGAUUUUCGAGACGCGGGAGUUUCUGCACAGAACCAUAUUCGACCUCUUGACGGACCGCAAUGCCAGAUAUCGCGACGUCGUUUUGACACCCUAUCGACUGUCUGGUAACACGGAGAAGCUCAAAUCUGCCGAGGAGUUCUUCGCUGCCGAUGCCUCGAAUCGCGAGAAUGCCUACGCCAACGAAGUUGUCAAUCGCGCCCGCGACUUUCGCUCCGUCGUGGACUCUGCCGUCCAGCACGGCGUGGCCCUGCAGCUGUCUGCGUUCUGGGACAUUGCGCCCCCUCUGCACGGCCUGAUCGAGAGCAUCCCAGCCACGCUCGCGGCGUUUGAGAUUCAGAUCCCCGCCAGCGAAUUCGACGAGAACCCCGCGUACCACGACCACCCGCUGCAGUACCUCUUUAGCCUGCUAGUACACGCCGAGAAGAGCACGUACCAGUUCAUCGAGUCGCACACCAACCUGCUCUGCCUGCUGCACGAGGUCAAGGAGGCCGUCGUCAACGGCAAGGGUCGCGUGCUCGAGACGCAGCUGCAGGAGCCCACCGGCGAGCCCAUCCCGGCCGAGAUGCGGCUGGCGCGCGCGCACAAGAUGCGCCAGGACGAGGGCCGCCGGCUCACGCACGACUUGCAGGAAAAGGUGCGCGAGGUGCAGGAACAGUGGGAUAACGCGCUGGGCGCCGAGUUGAAGAAUGUCAAGUCGCGCACGAGGGAAUGGCUCCUGGAGACGGGCGGCUGGGACGAGACGUUGGAGGAGGGCGAGUUUGUCGCGCGGGAGGAAUGA